AUGGGGUGCAAAAACGUCUACGCGAUUUUUCCAAAAGGAGUGUAUUUUCACUGUGCCAGUAACAAACUUAAUCUUGUUGUUAACGAUCUAAAUCAGGUCCCUGAAGUACGAAACAAAGACAUAAUCAAUAUUUUUCGGGAAUCGCCGUUAAGAAGGGCACACGCUCCUACAAUACCACUUUUAUGUGAAACGCGAUGGACGCAGAAUUACAAGAGCUUACGGAUGUUUAAGGAAAAUUUUGUAACCAUUAUAAAAGGACUUCAACUGAUAGCUAUUAAAGGAAAUUCAAUAAGCCAGCCUGUGGUAAAUUCGUUACAGGCAGUUGCAAUAUAUUUGGUUAAAUAUUCACAUCAAAUCGAACAUAUCGUGGAAUUAGUAGGUAAACAUCCUGACAAAGCGAAGGAGACAGUGGAAGCUAUCAUGAAUGAGUUGAAAGCAAUUGGCAUAGAAUUGGAUGUAGAAAUACGUGUGCCCCAAUUAGCAACCAAACAGUCAUUCCGUGCCAACCCACUAGUGUCAACACCUGAACAGUACUUCAAAAUAUCUAUUUUAAUACCCUACUUAGAUUCUUUCUGUAAUUCAUUGAAAGAGCGUUUCAGCGGGAAGCAAGGACCGGCCAUCGAACUAUAG